CACCAUAAACCUUAUUAUCGUUGGAGUAGGAAACAUAUGUGAAACCCCAAUUGCCUACUCUCAAACAAGAAAAAAGAUUCAAUGGCUUCCAUUAGAUGGAGCAGAGGAAGAACCAUUGGAAGAGGCUCCGAAGGUAUUGUUACUUUAGCAACUACAGACCAUAAUUUCUCAAUCGCCGUGAAAUCUUGUCUGUUUUCCUGUUCCAAAUCGUUACAAAAGGAGAGAGAAUUCCUCAACGAAUUUCAGGAUUGUGAGCAAAUUAUUCGAUGUUUUGGAGCGGAUGUCACUCGAGAAGAUGACGAUAUUCUCUAUAAUAUAUUGCUCGAAUAUGCCAAUGGUGGAAGUUUAGCCCAUAGAAUUGGUAAAACAGGAUUGCCGUAUUUUGAGGUAAAAAAGUACUCGAAAUCAAUUCUAUUGGGGCUUAGUUUUAUUCAUGGAAGGGGUUUUGUUCAUCGUGAUAUUAAACCUCACAAUAUUCUAUUCGUGGGUAGUGAAAAAACCGCCAAAAUUGCGGAUUUUGGAUUCGCAAACAAAGUUGGAGUUGAUAAUAAGAAUAGGGGAACGCCAAUGUAUAUGGCACCAGAAUCGGUGCUUGAUGAGGAAUAUGGAACUGGGGUUGAUAUUUGGUCUUUCGGGUGCACUGUGUUUGAGAUGAUUACUGGGAAGGAAGUGUGGGAUUGCACUGGAAUUAACGAGCCUCUUCAUCUGUUGUGCAAAAUUGGAAUGCAAUCACCGGACUUGCACCACGACAAUUUGUCCAAACAGGCGGAAGAUUUUCUAGACAAGUGCUUUGCUAGAGAUCCGCUUUCUCGAUGGACAGCUGAUAUGUUGUUGAAUCAUGCUUUCCUUUCAUCUGAUAAUGAUGUUCAUCUAGACAGAAAGAGGAAGGAACUCAACCCGUAUUUGCUUACAAAUAUUGUUGAUCCAUGCAAUAGUACAGAGCUGAAACCAAUGAAGCUGUUGAAUCGCAGAACCAACAAACGGAGAAGAAAGCUAGUGGAAGGAUGUUGAUUAGUAAAAUUAUACUAAUGUAAAGGAUGAUCAGAUCCUGCCCCUUGUAUUAAAAUUUCUUUUUAUUAUCGAACAAUCUGUACAAAGAGACUUUUUUUGCCUGUAAAUUUUGGCUAACAGUGAAUUCAUUUUCUUU